AUGGGUGUGACUGAAGGACUGUUGAGUUUUACACUGUCUACACUCCACUACUCCAGAAUGUUCAAGAUUUACGUUGGUUAUGCUCUUGGUUGGUUAUGGACUAGUAUGCUAUUUGUCUUAAAACACAAAGGAACAAAAUUAGAGGCUAUUCAGGAGGAUGCAAAUACUUUGAACAAGAUUCCACUGCAUAUUGCCAUUCUUGUCAACAGUAGAGAAGAACAAUUGAACUUAGACGAUCUAGCAAGGCUUGUUGUAUGGGCAUUGGCAUCUGGUAUCAAUACAGUAUCCCUCUACAGCCCCAAUGAUACUCUCAAUGAAAAACUUAUAACUCUCCGCCAGUGUAUUGUUCGGCAUCAUCAAGUGAUGUUCAGCCCACCAGUGCCUCUGGUGGAAGUCACCGAGUUACCACAGCUUAGUGCCAGUAAACAUGGCUCAUGUCCUGGUCACACAGUGCUGGUACUCUCUCCAAAAGACGGGCGACAGAGAUUGACUGAGCUAGCUAGAAAAUUAUCAACAUCAGUCCUCAAACGACAGAUCAGAGUAACAGAUGUAGACUGUCAUUUACUCACGGAUAAAUUAGUAUUGAGCAGCAACAUACCUGAUCCAGAUCUGGCCUUGGUUUGUGGAGGCACCUCCAGCACCCUCGGAUUCCCUCCAUGGCAACUGAGACUUACUGAGAUACAAACACUCCAGGGCCACGGGAAGGUGACAUAUCAAGAUUUUUUCCAAUCGUUACAAAGAUUUGCUAAAUGCCAACAGAGAUACGGCAAAUAGCACAGCAAUGUACUAUUAAUAGGAGUUCUAUUUUGUAUUUAUUAUGUUCACAAUAAUUAUAAUAUUAUUUAUUAGCGAUAACAUGUGA